AUGUCAAUUGACGACAAAGAGAAUCCGGAAGUCGUUGACGCCGCGCUCGGAAACAACGAUGAUGUCGACAAGAAAGGAACCGCGGCCGACCGCGCCGACAUGUACCGCAUGGGCAAGACUCAGGAAAUGAGGAGAAACUUUCGCUUCCUGUCCAUAUUUGGCUUUUCCAUGAUUCUUAUGGCCUCGUGGGAGUUCUCUCUAAGUGUCUCUACCAUCGGACUUGUGAACGGCGGCACUGCCGGCCUCAUCUGGAUGUUCUUUGUCUGCUGGAUCGGCUUCCUCCUGGUUAACACUACAAUGGCUGAAAUGGCUUCAAUGGCUCCCACAACUGGCGGCCAAUACCACUGGGUAUCCGAAUUCGCCCCGCCGCAAUACCAAAAGUUCAUCAGCUACCUCAUGGGAUGGAUGUGUGUGCUCGGCUGGCAGACUUCGUGUGCCUCGUCGGCCUUUAUUGCCGGCACGCAGAUCCAAGGCCUCGUUGUGCUCAACUACCCCGACUACGUGCCUAAGCCCUGGCACGGCACCCUCAUCACCAUCGCUGUUGCUGCAUUCUCCGUGCUAUUUAAUACCUUCCUGGCAAGAAAGCUGCCCAUUAUCGAGUCUCUCAUCCUUGUUAUUCACGUCUUUGCCUUCUUUGGCAUUCUCGUCACUCUCUGGGUUCUUUCACCGAGGGCAGAUGCCAAGGCCGUCUUUACUGAGUUUAGCGAUGGCGGAGGCUGGGGCAGUCUUGGAGGUUCAGCUCUCGUGGGAAUACUCGCCGGUAUUCUGCCUCUUCUGGGCGCAGAUGCUGCUGUGCACAUGUCUGAGGAACUGCGUGAUGCUGGUCGUUCACUGCCGCAGUCCAUGAUUUUGACCACUGUCUUCAACGGCGCCUUUGGAUGGAUCAUGGUGAUCACCUUUUGCUUCUGCUUGGGGGAUCUUGGAGAAGUGAUUACGUCUCCGACCGGCUAUCCGUUCAUGCAGGUAUUCUACAACUCGACACAAUCGACGAGCAGUGCAACUGCAAUGUCAGUCUUUAUUGUGGCCAUGACGGUCUUUUCCAACUUGACCAUGGUGGCUACUUCGUCACGUCAGCUCUAUGCAUUUGCACGAGACCAGGCAGUUCCCUUUAGCCCAUGGUUCUCCAAAAUUAGAGAAGGAUGGGAUGUGCCCCUCAAUGCCAUUAUCACGACGUUCCUUGUUUCCGCUCUACUCUCCCUUAUCAACAUCGGCUCGGCUGUAGCCUUGAACUCCAUCACCUCUUUGGCAACUGUAUCGCUCUUGUCCAGCUACAUCGUUUCGACCGGCUGCAUGAUCUGGCGACGAUGGACAAAUAGUCCGCUUCUGCCGUCCAAGUUCAGCCUCGGCCGAUGGGGCCUUGCAAUCAACAUUGCUUCCGAAGCCUUCCUCGUGCUCAUUUUUGUCUUGUCAUUUAUGCCUGGCAAUCCCAAUCCGACAGCGGCUCAGAUGAACUGGAACAUUGUCAUUUACGGCGGCGUUACCAUUUUCUCUUUGGCAUACUACUUUUUCCGUGGAAAUCGCCGUUAUGACGGCCCGGUUACUUAUGUCAGGACGCUUGAUCAGUAUGAAGCACGGGAUCGGUUUGAAGGUAAAUAG